CAAACUUUGAAGAAGACUAGUAUUGCAUUCAUCACUACGAGUGAGCUUGAAAAGAUGGCAGCUGGCCUUAGUGAUAUUGAAGGAGCAUGUAUAGAAGUUGGAUGGCUCAAAGAGAGGCUCGUUGAGAUUUACGAAGCAAAGAAAGCUAUCCCUAUGCUUGGGCCAUCAUCCGAAUUGAGAAAGACUCAAACUGAACGGAAAUUCAAGAUUCAGUGUACAAAAGCACUUGUGGAAGAGUACAAGAGAGAGAUUGUUAUUAGAGAGGAAGAACUUCGCAAUUUAGAGGAAAAGUUGCGCAUGGCUGAGAGUGUACUUUCUGUUGACGAAGAGGAGGCUACGACAGCAGAAAUGGUGAUUGGUGAGUACAAGGACAAGUUGAGGCGCAUUGUGGAGUUAGGCUCCUUGCAUUGUGGUCUAGUAUGAUUGUUACUUUCGACAAACAGUCACAUUCGGGGUCUACACUCCGAGGAUUGCGCCUUAUGCGAGGAAUUUGAUGUGGUUCGUGAGCAAUGGACUAAGUUUUUUACCAACAAGUAUUUAUUAUUGGCUUUAGCGCGCUUGAUCGAGUUGGUUUAGUUGUUAUAGAAUAAAUUUUAUAUUAAAAUGUAUGUUUAUGUUGAAAUUGGGACAUAUAUUUAAAUGUAAUAUGUGCACUUUGG